AUGGCUUCCUCCUAUUCGUAUCCUGAAUUAUUUUUGGCGGGUUUUAUAUUUACCUUGCCCUUCCUUUACGAAAAAAGUGAUGUUUUUCGAUAUUACCUGAAGUUUUUCUUAUAUUAUGUAUAUGUGCUAGUGAUCUGCACAGUUUUAUUACCCGUAGUGCUACUAUAUCCUCGCGACGUAACUAACUUAGUUGUUGCUUCCAGGUUUUGCCGUUAUGCUUCUUAUAUAGUGGGAAUAGAAUGGGAGUUGAGAGGUCUGGAGCACUGGGACAGCGAGCAGUGCUACAUAGUCAUUUCCAAUCAUCAGAGCUCUCUGGACAUUCUAGGAAUGUUUGAGAUGUGGCCCCGGAUGAAGCGAUGCACAGUAGUUGCCAAGAGACCACUGAUGUUCACCGGAGCAUUUGGGUUUGGUGCCUGGCUAUCGGGGCUGGUGUUUAUUGACCGCCUGAAGACUGACAGAGCUCGUCAGCUCAUGAGGGAAGCUACUGAGCGUGUUAUUCAAGAAAAGACUAAACUCUGGGUAUUCCCAGAAGGUGCAAGAUUCAACAAAGGCAGCAUCCAGCCUUUCAAAAAAGGUGCGUUUUACCUCGCCAUUGAUGCUCAGAUACCAAUCAUGCCUGUUGUAUUCAGCCAGUACUACUUUCUGGACAGUGACACCAAAACUUUUGAACCAGGGAAGGUAGUGAUCACAAGUUUGCCGCCUAUACCGACAAAGGGGAUGACCCGCGACGAUAUCGAGGUGCUCUCGGAGAUGGCGCGCCAGAAGAUGAUCGAGGUAUUUAACGAGACCUCUAAAGACCUUGUCAUGCAGAAGAAGAUCGCUGUAUAAUUUAAAGGAGCUCUUACAAAAGGCAUAGAAAAAUAAUUAGGCUUAGAUUACUCACUCAGAUAGAAAACCCAUUUAUAUUAAGUUUAACCGAGCUCUGCGACUUAUUUGUAAAGUUUUAAGCGAGUUUUAAUGUUAUUAAUUAUACGUUUUAUCAUACCUCCUAUUCAACUUAUUAUCAUUGAGUAAAAGAACUCGUGUAUGGAGUGAGCAUUCUAAGCUUACUCUCUAUUCAGGCUAAAAGGCGAGUCUAGACACAUAGGGUCAACUGUAAACUAUAGUAUAGUAGCUCCAUUAGUUUUAUUUUAAACAGUUGCGACUUUCCUACAAAAGAAGUGACUAUGACGGUACUUAAUAGGGCCAAUCAUUGGGUAAACACUCUACAAGGUGAAAAUAAUGAUUCCUUUUGUAAUUCAGUUUUAUUUAAAUACCUAUAAUAGUAUUAUUACGUUUACAACAGGUCUAAUUCUAAUUCUAGCCAAACCAUACCAAAUAUUUUUGAGCUAUUUGUUUAUGUAUUAAGUUAUUAAUAUUCGUUAGUUUAAAUCGGCACUUUUUGUCUGUUAUUAGUUGUUUAGUUAUUUUUAAAACAUACAGUAUAUUGUCUAUUGAUCUCGCAUAAGCCUAGCGAAGCUCGAAAAUCGAAGUUUUGUUUGCCUCUCUGUCGCUCUUGUACAUUUGAAAGAUAAAGAGGGAGAUAGACAAAACUUCGAUUUUACCAGUACCACGCAUUAUUAACGAGGUAACAACUGAGAAUGAAACCUUACCAUUGGCAGGUAACAAGUGGGACUUUAUUGGUGCCAUUUGUUCCUCUGA